AUGGCAGGUAAGAAAGCUCACCCCAUCAAAAGGGAUUGGUACUGGAAUCACAACGAUCGCUUUGAGAUCUGGCACAGCUUGGAUUGGCCCUCCGUACGACGUGGCCGCCAAAUAUACACUGAAGUGUUCGCACCGUGUCACCCCCUGGGUCGCAUGACUUUCACGCACUUUCAAGGCUUCAUGACACGUGAAGAGAUCAAACAGUUGGCCUCGCAGUAUGAAGUGGUUGAUUCAGCUCCGGAUGCACAGGGAAUGUUGAACCCACGACCUGGCAAACCGACAGACACGCUUCCCAUUCCGUUUCCGAACCAGCGCGCGGCGCAGUUUGCCAACAAUGGCUCUGAGCCGCCGGAUCUUCAACAUUCGGUGUUUGGCAAGGAGGGGGGUCCGGAUUACAUCUUUUCUCUCAUCACAGGCUACAACUGGGGCAACGGUGAGUUGAUGGAAAUCCCCCCUUUUGCGCCUGAGUUGAAACCUGGCCAGUUCUGGAACCCGUACUUUAAGGACUGCGUCCUCUCUAUGCCGCCCCCGCUCUCUGACGGGAUGGUGGAUUAUGAGGAUGGCACGCCCGCAACGAUAAGUCAAAUGGCGAAGGACGUCGUCAACUUCCUUCGGUGGUCUGCUGAGUCGGAGUACGACGACCGUCGCGUUAUGUUUUGGAAGUGUUUCACUACACUGGGUCUGGUGAACUGCAUUCUGCUACAUUACUGCCAGAAGAACACAAACUGGCGCAUUUACGGACGGACAACCUUCCGCUACUGGAAGAAGACAUGGUAA